AUGUCGAGGCGCAAACUUGGAAGCCGGCCGCAGCACCUGAGCGUGAUCCAAGCGCUGAGUGAGCCCUCCUAUUUUACCUGCCAGCAGUGUGAGGGAGUGUUCCCAUCCGCGUGGGCCCUCUUGCACCACGCCCAGCACAUACACUCCUUCAGCAUCUACCAGGAGGACCGGGAGGGCGAUGAAGACAAACGGGGAGUAGGACAAGGGGGUCUGGACCAGAAUCAGAGUCAGAAUACUUUAUUCCUCCCCGAGGGGAAAUUGGGUCUGAAACAACACAAACCUGUUGCUGCCACACUGGACCCGCGCCACCUGAGCCAGGCCCUCGCCUCCGCUUUUCAACCCUCCUCCCUGCGCCUCGGUCGCCCCCGUUCGACGCACGCCGCCCGUCCCUCCUCCAGCAACCUGCAGGCUCUCAACUUCUCUGUCCGACUGAGGGAGCUGGCAGAGGGGAGCACUACCACUGCGACCGGCACCGCCGGAGGCCUGGUGCUCACGCCGUCCUCUUCCCCGCCGGCUGCUUCUCCCUUCCCCCAGACAGGCCCCACCCAUGCCGACUUUCCCUGCGAGCUGUGCGGCGAGGGCUUCCAGUCCCUCCGCAGCCUCUCUGCCCACCGCAGGACGCACGCCUGCGAGAGGCCCUACCAUUGCGGUGUGUGCAAUCAGGCGUUCGCCCAGAGCGGCCAGCUGGCCCGUCACAUGAGGACCCACCGCAGGGAGGCCGGAGGCGGCGGUGGAUAUGAGUUGCUGGAGAUGGGCACAGGAGUGAUGGAGGAGGAAGCAGGAAGGGCGGCGAUGGGCGAGAGGUUCGCGCUGCAAUUCACCAGGAUGGUGGGAGAGGCCGUCCCCAGCAGCGGAGGGGAAUUAAGGAUGCAGGGGCCCUCUGAGCUGGACCUGAAUUUGCACAAGCACUUCUCCAUCACCCCAAGCCUAAUGUUGCUGACCCCCCAGGCUCGGCCCCCAGACAGGAGCCUGCUCAGACUGUUGCAGCGGCAGAGAGAGGCAGCCGAGGUCGGGGAAGAGGAGGCGGAGAGACAGGGGGAACCCCAGUGCACCCCUCCUUGCGCCAGCCCCUCGGAGGGCUCGUUAGAGAGCGGGGAGACGGGGGGCAGUGGGGAGAGCGGCAUUGCCAGCGGGAACUGCACCCCGAAACGGCCGGAGAUGGGCGAGAGAGUGCAGGGAGCUGGGGAGUGGGAGAGCGAGAGAGGGGAGAUCACAGAAAGCAGAGAGAGAGAGUGGAACUCACGGACAGCCAGCAAGGUGGUGCAAGAGUGGCAGAGGGAGAAUGAGCGGAGGAGCGUGGGAGGAGGAGGAGGAGGAGGAGGAAACAGCGGAAUAACAACUCACAGUAACAGCCAUGGAGGCUCUGGGGUUAAGAGGAAGAAAGACGAGGCUUGUGAGUUCUGCGGCAAACAGUUCCGAAACAGCAGCAACCUGACCGUGCACCGUCGAAGCCACACGGGGGAGCGCCCGUACCGCUGUGGCCUCUGCAACUACGCCUGCGCCCAGAGCUCCAAGCUGACGCGCCACAUGAAGACCCACGGCACUCGCGGAGCCCGGGCCCCCUUUCUGUGCCAGCUGUGCGGGGUGCCUUUCACAGUCUACGCCACCCUGGAGAAGCACCUGAAGAAGGUUCACGGUCUGAACCACGCUAGUGUAGGCGCCUACGCGCAGGCCAGCACUGUUGACACCAUGGCGGCCCUGAAGGCUGAAGACGAGGCGGCGGCGGCGGCGGCGGUGAAAAUGGAGGAGGAGGAGGAGGCCAGUUCGGACCAGACAGAGAUGGAGAGCAAGGUGGAGGGUGACUCAGUGAAAAGAAUGGACACGGAGGAGGAGCGAAGCCAAGCGGCGUUUAAGGAGCGCGUCGGGAGUCCAGCCGUCACGGCAGAGGGCGUGGGAGGAGCGCUUCCGUCCGACGGUGCCUCCGAGGUGUGCUUGGCCGUACCCACGGCCCCCUAAGACUUGUCCUCACCCUGUGCAGUCUGAUGCUGGCGCUCCACCGUUUAUGGCGCUGCACAGGAGUUAAUUAUCCCUGCCAAUAAAAGGAACUUGCUCCGUAUGUCGACAUACAGUCACGUAUGACUGGUAUCCUGUUUAAAAACCCCAAGAGAAACCGGCUUCACAACCGAAGAGAGCCGCACAAGCUCCCCAGCGCCUCCCCUCCUGUCAGCGUUGAGGUGCACGGCAGCAAGCAGCAAUGUUCAUCAACAGAUGCAAAGCUACUGGUUGAAGCCAAGUUCCUACUUUAGACCACAGAACAAAACUAGAACAUGCCAUUUGAUAAGGGGAUUAACAGAAAUCUUGAACAGGAAAUGAACCACCACCGUCCGCACAAAAACAGGAAACUGAUCACAAUGUUGCGUUGCAGAAUGCAAAAGAUCAAUGGGAAACGAGUGGCACGAUGGGCAGAUGUCACCGACGCGGUUUGAUAUCAAUUGUCAGAUUUGAACAACGGUUUUUUCCCCUCCUCUUAAACCCUACAUUUAAGUAAAGGGUCACUCGCCUCUGCUUUUUCCACGUGACGUGGAAGCCAGUGGCGUCAGCGUGCAGGAGGACGGCCCGGGGGUCUUGCUCUGCUACCAAGCCGUCGGGACUACGGCGCUUCCCAGUCCGGAGGACCAUUUAAAGACUUAAAAUGUUUGAACGGAAACAGGAGUGAGACGAAUCCAAACACUGUCUGCCUGCAGUUUCUCAACCAUCUUUUCUUUUUUCUUUCCUUCUUUUUUUUUUUUUUUUAAAGGCGCUCGCUUGUCACCAUACUUUGUCACUUAAUGUUUACAGGGCCUCGCGAGGUUGAGCUCCUGUUGGUGUGACAAGUGUGUACGUGAUUUUUUUUUUCUUGUUUUUUUUUUUUUUUUGGUUGUAAUUUUAACCGUGUGUGUAAAGAGACUUUUAAGUCUCAUCUACUGAUGUUUUCCACACUUUGUUCUAUGCAUCAAAAAUGGCAAUUUUACAUACGUGAAACGGGUGCGUUACUAUCUUCCUCUUCUCUACGUGAUUAUUGGAUUACUUGUGGUGGUGAUUUCCCCCUCCCGCCCCCCCCUCCCCACCCACCC